UGUGUGUGUGUUCGUGUUCGUUCUUGUACUUGCUACAUUGUGAGUACCAUUUUCUGCAUUUAACUAUCAAAGUGAGGACAUUUUUACAAAGUGAGGACAUUUUGGCCGGUCCUCACUUUGAAACAGCCAUGUUUGAGGGUGAAGACUUGUUUUUAGAGAACAGGUAUGAAUUGAGGUUUGGUUAGGGUAAGGAUUAAGUUUAAGCAAUCAGUUGUGAUGGUUAAUGUUAGGGUAAGGCUCUAGGAAAUGCAUUAUGCCUAUGGAUGUCCUCACUAAGAUAGAAGUACAAACGUGUGUGUGUGUGUGUUUUUCUGACACGAGCAUCCCUCAAAGUAGCGACGCUCUGCUUUUAUUUUGAAACAACCAAAUGGAUGCAUUGGUUUCACUGACUCUGCCUUGGCCCAUUAACGUCAACACACAUGCUCGCAGACACAAUCCACACACUCAUACAAACAGACACACACACACCUUCGCAGCCUCAGUGAGCUGCUCUGACUGACCCACCAGACAGGGAAGCCUCCAACACUCAACGACUGUCUGCGCUGCACUUGUUAUCACGGCAGAGAUGAUUGAAACUUGACCUGGAUUUCUGGCUGCGUGAGGAAUAACCUUCCCUGCAGGAGGCUUCGGAUCCAGAGCUGCCGGAUCCCUCUUGUGCCAACACAGAGAGGGGAUUUAGAGUUUGUACUGUGCUGGCAGGAGUCCAGCUCCUCCACCAGAGUUGCUUGGAAGUAACAGCGGAAUACAAAAAAAAACAGCCUCUGUUUACACAGACUCAUCACGCUACCUCUUUUAUCCUUCCCCCCCUCUGUGUCAUUAUUUGCAUCCUUACUCCUGUCCUCAAGGGAACUUUUAUCCCGUUAACAGCACCCAUCAGCUCAUCUCGCCACCCAUUUAUCCAUCUCAUAAUGAACUCCUCUACCUCCAUUACGUCCCUAUUCUCCUUCACCAGCCCGGCGGUGAAGCGUCUGCUCGGCUGGAAACAGGGAGAUGAGGAGGAGAAGUGGGCGGAAAAGGCUGUUGAUUCUCUGGUGAAGAAACUAAAGAAGAAGAAAGGGGCGAUGGAGGAGCUGGAGAGAGCCCUGAGCUGCCCCGGACAGCCCAGUAAGUGCGUGACGAUUCCUCGCUCGCUGGAUGGCAGGUUACAGGUGUCCCACAGGAAGGGUCUGCCCCACGUCAUCUACUGCCGGGUGUGGCGCUGGCCCGACCUGCAGUCCCACCACGAGCUGAAAGCCCUCGAGUGCUGCGAGUUCCCCUUCGGCUCCAAGCAGAAGGACAUCUGUGUCAACCCUUACCACUACAGACGCGUGGAGACUCCAGUGCUGCCACCCGUUCUGGUUCCGCGCCACAGCGAGUUCAACCCUCAGCACAGUUUACUGGCUAAGUUCAGGAACGCCUCCCUGCACAACGAGCCGCUGAUGCCCCAGAACGCCACCUACCCGGACUCCUUCCCUCCACUGCCCUGCUCCUCCUUCUCCUCCUCCUCCCCCUCUUCAUCCCUUGCCCAGUCUCCCACCUCGCAGAGUUACCCCAACUCCCCCAACAGCUCAGCAGAACCUGGCAGUCCGUAUCACAUCACAGCUGAGACUCCCCCACCUCCGUACAGCAUGAUGGAGACAAACACUCAGGAGGACGUGAAGCCCAGCAACUCCACAGAAACCACGAAACUCACAUUUUCCGCUCCACACAGAGAUUUAAGGCCCGUUUGUUACGAGGAACCCGAGUACUGGUGCUCCAUAGCCUACUAUGAGCUCAACAACCGGGUCGGCGAGACUUUCCACGCCUCGUCCCGCAGCGUCCUGGUCGACGGUUUCACGGAUCCGUCCAACAACAAGAACCGCUUCUGCCUCGGCCUCCUUUCCAACGUCAACCGCAACUCCACCAUCGAACACACACGCAGACAUAUAGGCAAAGGUUUACACCUGUACUACGUGGGCGGUGAGGUGUACGCAGAGUGUCUGAGUGACAGCAGCAUCUUCGUCCAGAGCCGUAACUGUAACUUCCAGCACGGCUUCCACGCCACCACCGUGUGCAAAAUCCCCAGCGGCUGCAGCCUCAAGAUCUUCAACAACCAGCUGUUUGCUCAGCUUCUCGCCCAGUCCGUCAACCACGGCUUCGAGGUCGUCUACGAGCUCACCAAGAUGUGCACCAUCCGCAUGAGCUUCGUCAAGGGCUGGGGAGCCGAAUACCACCGUCAAGAUGUCACCAGCACCCCCUGCUGGAUUGAAGUGCAUCUGCACGGGCCCCUGCAGUGGCUGGACAAAGUCCUCACACAGAUGGGCUCCCCACACAACCCUAUUUCAUCAGUAUCGUAACGUCACCACAUACACACACUUUUGUUAGUGUGUGUUCUCAGCCCUUUACACAGGUAGUCGUAGAUUCUGUACGUUUUGCUAUAUCCAGAUUUUCUGUCCGAGGGUCCCUCUCUUGACAUCCGAUACAAAAUACAACCACAUAUAUUACAGUUCUGUUACAUCAUGUCAUACAACUCCCAUGACUGAAUUUCGUUCAGCUUAAUUUGCAGCUUGUGUAGUUAAAAAAUCAUUUAUCCUCCUCUCUGUUUCCAAUGGGACAUGUUAACUGCACAAAACAGAAUGGGAUAGAUUUGUAGGUACUCAAGGAAGUGUUAUAUUAUUACAACAGUACGUACCAUAUUUCAACGUGUAGACCAAUGUUUGACUUCAUGUACAGUUUGCUUUUUACUUGUUACAUUAAAGUUGUCUUUUUCUUUAUGAA